AUGCCUGCCGAAGAAUAUACCCACGGGCAGGCUACGAAUGCUUCUACCGAGAGCUUGACACCAGGAAGCACCGAUGCGCAUUCAGAUAGUAUCUCCCCAACAACCACUGCUCAAUCCUCGCCUGCAUCCAAUUAUACGCAUCCAGUGACAUUGAACAAUAGCCAUGUUGACUCCUUGCAAGUCUUCAUCGACGAUGUCAACUGUGCCCUAACAGGAGCUCUUGCUCGGGGCGGCAGUGCAUACAGCAAAGUCACAGUCCUGUUCCUAAGAUGGGCCGAUGACGUCUUCGUCGAUCCUGGUGUCAACAAUGGGGUGCAGGGAGAGAUUGACAGUCUGGAAAAGGUUUUGGUUGACGAAUACGGCUUUGAAUCGGAGAUUUGCCUUAUUCCAAGUCACAAACCGCAGCUCAGUUUGAUGCGAAGGAUUAUGGACUUUCAGGAGGCACAUGAUUCCGUAGAAGAGCUUCUUUUAGUUUACUAUGGAGGUCAUGGCGUAUUGAACGACCUCAAUCAGAGCAUCUGGAGUCAAGGAAAUGGACCGAUCAUCGAAUGGUUCUCUAUCCAGCCUAUACUGGAGCAUGCAGCCUCUGACAUCCUUAUUCUACUCGAUUGCUGCUUUGCAGCCUCUGCUGGGCUGACAUCGAUCAAUGGUUCAGUCGAAGUCCUCGCAGCGUGUGGGCGUGAAGUGGGCACCGUUGGCAUUUCCGGCUGGUCUUUUACUAGUCGACUCACUGAGGUCCUUUACAAGAAAAGGCUUCAACGCUUCACCGUGGCUCAACUACACUCUGACCUGAUGGGUUAUCGAGCAGUCUCGGGUGAGAAAAAACUGCUGAGGACCCCCGUCCAUGGCAUAAUGAGCAAUAAAGACAAGGCAAGCGUUCGUAUCUCAUCCCUCAAAACUGAUUCUGAUAUCGAAGACUUGGAAGAGUUGAACCUUACCACGCUCGAAGACUCUGUGUCAGUUAAAAAUUCUUCAUCGCGUGUCUUAAUAUCUGUGUCCAUCGAAGGCGAUUUAGACCAGGUUGCCUGGCGAGACUGGCUUCUGAGCCAAUUGCCAAGCGGAAUCAGUGGUUUAUCACUGGUUAGGCCAGAAGGUAUCUGGCGCUCGCACUCCUCACUUGGAUUAUUCAGCUUGCCAAUCGCUCUGUGGGACUUACUUGCCAACAAACCAGCUUACGCUUUUGUUGGAUACGUCACUACUCCGAAUAUAAUCCACGAAAUCAUCCCUCCAUCCAUUUUGUCGAUCAUCUACCCAAAUCUAAUUCAUAGCGAGCUACCUACUUCAUCUAUAGAAGACUCGGCACACCCUACGACCAAAAAAAAUAAACUCUUUCCGCGGCAUACGAACUAUUGGAGCGAAGAUAAAGAGCUUCAUUGGAAGGUUUCUAUGUCGCAGCCACCGAAAUAUGUGCAGACGAUGAUUAUAUCGCCAAAAACAAAAUUUCCCCCAUCCCAGCAAGCUCAUGUUCCAAGUCGUUCAGACGAUUCUGUCAAAUCUUUCAGUAAGAUCGUUGCUCGAGGCGUCGAUGCGGAAGCCGAUAUCCAGAUCAAAGAAAACGAGUUCCAGCGAGGGAUCUACAAAAAGCUCGUGGACUCGGCCAAUACUGCAAACAAGACAUGGACAGAGUCUCUGCGUUCAUUUUCAAUUCCGCGUUUCACACAAGCCCCAAUGCCGACCAACGAGGAACUCAAAUCAAUUGUUUGCCAUUACUAUCCUCCACGAGCUAUACUCAAAUGUCACGUAUGCGAUUUCGGCGACGGGAGAGCAGAACAUAGAAUCGUUGAACUGGGCAAGCUCGAAGAAUACAUGAUUGUAAAGCCUGAUUGGGUCGAUGUGCGCUGGAUACAUGCUCCUCUGGGAUCAGGCCUGAUGCAGUCGUCCCUCGAAGACGUUUUCUUGCACUUGAAUGACCGAGGACAAGGGCGUGAGUUUGUCCAGCUGGGUAAAUCUGUAUGGAACUACUUGGAGUCUGAAAUCUUCAAUUUUAAAGAUCAGGACUACUUCCAAGAGAUGCGAGAUAUCUAUGCCCUGUUUCACGAUCGUGAAGAGCUGCGGGCAGACCUUGAUAUUUUAACCUGGAAUGGAGACGAAAAUGCUAGUCUUCAUCCAGCUGUUGAUUGGAGGGCCAAGCAUCUAGCCACGGAUGCAGGCUUUUGGAACCUUGUCAGCUCAGACAUACCAUGUCAUCUAUCUGAAGAACAUUCGAUGGGCAGUCCUGGUACGAUGGAUGGCUUGAAGUCUAUUGAUCGCCAUGUUGAGAAACAAACGCUUUCGCUCGAACCAUUUUAUGGCAACGCGCAAUUGGCUCGGGACCCCUUUCGAACUUUUCACCGUGGCGAUGGCUUUCUGCUUACUUUAUCACCCAUGAAUGGGGUGAACUAUUUGGACGAAAAUUUCGCAAAGUACUUGAAAGAACCAGCAGACUCCAGAUUCGACAAUGAUGACGCCUCGGCAAUAGGUCAUUGCUUCCACGCAUUUGCAAACACUGGAAGUAGUACAUGGCACCGCAGAACAGUCGAGUACUUCCUUACAUAUCUCUUGACAGAGACUCUGACUACCCCGCACGCUAUGCGGCAGGGUUUCAAUGCACUGCCAUUAAGCAGUGCCUACAGAUCUAUUGUCCAAGAACUGAAACGCGGGCUUCUCGACGAAAGGGAGCCGAAAGAGAAAGCCAACCUCAAGAGAGAAUAUCUCACAUGCAUGGAUGAACUCAGAUGUAUUACGGCCAGCCUGAAGAAGAAGCUAAAGUUGUUCAAAGUAAUGCAAAUAGAUAUUGAAAAUUUCGAAGCAGAAGAUUUGCGAAAUGGGAAGCUGCCAGACCAUGUUGAAGGCGAGAGCGCUACCGAACGUAUUCACUGGGCUAUCGACACAGUUGAGUCUGACUAUGAUUCCUUUGAGCGAUUGCUGGCGGACCUUCAACAUUUAUUGGAUGAAGUAAGUUGCACCCCAAUACUUUCUGUACCUCGCCCUUACAAAUGA